AUGAAACUAUUUUUAUAUAAAAUAAAUAUUUUAGGCAAUACCCAGCUUUCUGCAGUGAGUAGUGAGGAUGAUGAAUUGGCUGAAAAGGAACAAGUGAAUGGAGGGAACGAUAUGCAAGGUGGAUGUAGUGGAGAGAUUCAUGCGUCAAAUAUUGUGCGGCAGCCGCUCCGACGUUUAACUGGUCAUGCUAAUGCAGUUAUGGCCGUCGAGUGGUUCAGUGGUGGUGAACAACUUAUCACAGCUAGCUGGGAUAGAACUGCUAAUAUUUAUGAUGCUGAACGAGGGGAAAUUGUGAAUACUUUAUCGGGUCAUGAUGACGAGCUGAAUUACUGUAAUACUCAUCCAUCGCAAAAACUGAUUGUUACUGCAAGCCGCGAUUCUACUUUUCGUCUUUGGGAUUUCCGGGAAUCAAUCCAAUCGGUUGCAGUUUUUCAAGGGCAUAGCGAUUCAGUCACAUCGGUUGUUUUUUCUUCCGGGGACAAACUUGUUUCGGGCAGUGAUGAUCGAUCAUUCAAGGUCUGGGACCUGCGCAACAUGCGUAGUGCAAUUGUAACUGUUCGCUUGGAUAGCGCAGUUAAUCGACUUUCAGUUUCAUCUCGAAGUGUUGUUGCCAUUCCACAAGAUAAUCGCAGUAUUCGAUUGUAUGAUUUAAAUACCGUUCGAUUAACAAGACUUCCUCGUGCUAGUGGACAAAGUCAUCGUCGUAUUGUUUGUUGUGCUGCCUGGGCAGACGAUCAUCCGAAUUAUGAUCUGUUCACUUGUGGAUUUGAUAAGCAAGUUAUUGCUUGGAAAACUGCUUUUGGGAAAGAGUAA